AUGGCGAGGGACAAUGAGAUCAAGGCCGGUCUGGCCUCCGAAGCUCUAUCUGAGCACAUGGAGAAGGUAGACGCUGGUGAUGCAAACGUUCUCGCUGCGAUGGGUUACAAACAAGAACUUCACCGGCAUUAUUCGACAAUACAGGUUUUUGCCAUCGCCUUUAGCAUCAUGGGCCUCUUGCCCUCAAUCGCGUCCACCUUAGCAUUUUCUCUCCCCGGCGGGCCAGCCGCGAUGGUUUGGGCCGAUCUUGGCUCCUCCCUUCCCACAUCGGGCGGUCUGUACUGGUGGACGCACUAUUUUGCAGCAGAGAAGUGGAAGAACCCUCUUUCGUUUUUAGUGGGUUACAGUAACACCCUUGGCCUGAUUGGCGGAGUGUGCUCUAUUAACUCAACGGCCAUUGCGCUGCCCAUUGGAAAGGCAAGGACUGCUGAAGGAAUCAACUCAGGAGCUUAUGUCUUUACGCAUGUGGAGAAUCUUACUGCCUGGCCUACAGGAUGGACAUUCAUGUUAGCGUGGCUUUCCCCUAUCUGGACCAUCGGAGCUUUCGACUCCUGCGUUCAUAUGAGUGAAGAGGCCACCAACGCCGCCAAAGCGGUCCCUUACGGAAUUUUGGGUUCAAUCGGCGGUUGCUGGUCUCUUGGUUUCCUAUCUUUGUGCAUCAUUGCGGCGUGCAUGACUAAGGAUAUUGAAUCGAUUCUGAAUACGCCGUUCGGCCAACCAAUGGCACAGAUUUACCAUGAUGCGUUAGGCAAACACGGUGCUUUGGCUUUCAUGACCAUCCUCGCUGUGGUGCAGUUCUUCAUGGGCUUGAGUAUUCUUAUUUCCGCCUCCCGGCAAACCUGGGCAUUUUCUCGGGACGGAGCGCUGCCAUUCUCCAAUUACUGGAGAGUAGUGAGCAAACGAAUCAGGUGCCAGCCCAUCCGCGCUGUUUGGGGCUGUUGUUUUGCAUCUAUAAUCACUGGACUGUUGUGCUUGAUCAACGCCGCCGCAGCAAAUGCCUUGUUCUCGCUGUGUGUGGCAGGUAAUGACCUGGCCUGGGCCAUUCCCAUCUUCUGUCGGAUUUUCUGGGGCCAGCAGAAAUUUAUACCAGGAGCCUUUUAUACCGGGCGCUUCAGCAAGCCCAUCGCCAUCACCGCCUUGGUUUAUCUCUGCUUCUCGAUUACCCUUUGCAUGUUCCCUACGCUUGGACCUAACCCUUCAGCUAUGGAUAUGAACUAUACCGUUGUUAUUAAUGUUACCCUGUGGGGUUCCGCUCUAGCAUAUUACUUCCUCUUUGCGAAUAAGUGGUACAAGGGGCCAAAGGCUACCCUCGAAGACCCAACGAUGGUGGAAGACUGA